CGCCGCGUCCCCUGGACACUUUAUCCGCCGUGCCAAAACCUUUGACGAGCCCUCGAUGCGGUCCGGAUCCAUGUCGCGACACUUUUCAGACUCGUCGUCCGAGGCGCUGCCCCGGAGGAGCUCCAACUUUUCCGAGUAUAGCCUGAACGAGGCACGCGACAUCCUCAACCCCCGUCCACACGUCCUCGGUGAGGAGCUGUCCCAUCACGAAUCAUCGCCGCUGGCUCUUCUAUCGCUGGCCUUUGCCUUUCUGCCCGCCGUUGCCGGUGUCUUUUUCCAGAAUGGCACUUCGGUUGUCACCGACAUCAUGCUCCUGGGCCUCGCAGCCAUCCUCCUUCAUUGGUCGGUGACGCAACCGUGGCAAUGGUAUCACGCGGCGCAAGAAGUCCGUCUAUUCCAAGAAAAUUCGGUCAGCAUAUCCCUUGAAGACGACAGUGACCUCGACUCCCGGGAUGGCAUGGAUGACUCGAGCUCGACAAAGAGAGAUGCUAGGGAGAAGCAGCAGAUGACGGAGCAACAGCAGGCUGCUCUGAAAGAGCUUUACCGCCAUGAAAGCCUUGCGCUGGUAUCAUGCUUCGUACUGCCACUGCUUAGCGCAUAUCUCUUACAUUACAUCAGAGGCCAGCUCAGUAGGCCAUCUGAAGGACUUGUUUCCAACUUCAACUUGACAAUCUUCCUAUUGGCAGCUGAGCUGCGUGUGCUGUCACACAUGAUCACGCUGGUCCAGUCUCGAACACUACAUCUUCAAAAGGUUGUCCACGAAAGCCCCUUUGGCCAGCAGGUUGGGACCGAGACGCUAUUGGAAGAGAUGCUCAGGAGACUGGAGAGGCUUGAAAGUCGGUCAACAUCCCAGGGUCACGAAAUAGCUGGACACGGACAGACGCUGGACUCGACCGCGGCAACAAUUAGUCGAGAUGUCCGAAACACCAUUCAACCAGAGCUGGACGCUUUGAAUCGAGCCGUGAGACGGUAUGAGAAGAAGGCAACACUCCUCCAGCUUCAGACAGAAUCCAGAUUCUCGCAGGUACACGCCAAACUGGACGAUGCCAUCUCUUUAGCCGCCGCUGCAGUCAAGAAUACAAACCGGCGGUGGGACUUGAUCCCUUGGGCCUGGAAAUGGAUCGUGACGAUUGUAACAUUUCCGUUCAAGGCCCUAUUAGAGAUACUCGCUCUGCCGCUGAAGCCGAUUGUUGCAUUUGCAAACAGAAAUAAGCCACCGUCUGCUGCGAGUCUACCGCCGUCUAGGAGCAGGGCGGGGAAGUCGCCUGCGUCGUUGAAAUAUAACGGCGACCGAGUGCCGACGAGGCUAACCAAGAGAUGAUGAGAUGCUAGUUAUAUAUGGCGUAUCUCUGUUUUGCUGGUUUUUUUUGGAUUUUCUUUUCUU